CAGAGAUGAAGAAAGACCCUGAGUGAGAGAGGGGCCUUUUGUGAUGUUGCAUAUCUUUUCAUGAGAGUGUGCUUUUAUACUCGAGUUGAAUGAUCUCCUUCAUCUUCGUCUUCGGAACCUUUUGAAACAGUUUCGGGAUCUCGUUGGCGUAUUUUGAAGCCUCCCGUUGUCAUCAUUUUUGGUGGUGUUUGAUUACACCACUGACGCGCUUCUCAUCGCGUCUCGUCAAUCGACACCGGCACACCUUCCACAUCUUCCAGAAACCCUCCCCUCGUCGGUUCCUGCAUUGGUCUCGUUAAUCUUGGGUUAUCUCCCGCUUAGCCGCCGUUUCGCAAACCCGUAUUAAGAAAAAAACAGCAUCCCUCUCCCGGUGAAGCGCGAUCAUCAUCCGACUCGGUGUCAUUCUCACUCUCAUCGCCAUUGUGGGCCGAAUCAGGAAAUCGUUUCGUUCAACCUCAUUGCUUGGGUCGUGUUCUUCAACUUUCUCACUCAGAAAAAAAAUCUCGGUUGAUCUGGCCUUAACUCGGGCGUAUUGCUGGUCUUCGCAUCGACGAAUACCGUAUCAACGUAUCAACGGCACGAGCUCCCGGACAGCGACCCGUCGGAUUGAGCCUGGUGGAUCUCGCGGAUCGCGACCGUUGUUCCUGCGAUACCACCCUGGCCCGGCAUCAAGACCGCAAUCUGUACCAAGAGCCGCAAUGGGAAGCUCGACCAUCCCGUCUGCGGAUAAUAUAACCGACAGCGAAUUUCAUGAGUACCUUAGCAGAUACCCGGCCUGUCUUGAGGCUAUUUCCAAAAGCAAAGGCACCAAAGAAGGCCAAAAGUCUCUGUCUGAGCUUGAUGCCUAUCGAUAUGGCGAAGCCCUUGAGCAGUUUGGCCAGGAAAAGCCCAAACAAAUGACAAUUGAAGAUGUCAAAUUGCUGGUCGAAUGGAAGCUUCGCCAUGGGAAAUUCAGACCCUCUCUCAUGAAGCUCGUUUCAUCAAACGAUCCCAAGACUUUGAAAGAGACGAUACGAAAGGCCGUAGCUCAGUACCACCAGGCCAAGAAGCAGUGGCCUCAGGCCCUGGAUAUUCUCACUCAGCUCAAGGGCAUCGGGCCGGCCACCGCCUCGCUACUACUUGCUGUUCACGCUCCAGAUAACAUCAUCUUUUUUGCCGAUGAGGCCUUUUAUUGGCUGGAGUAUGAUGGGUCCAAGGGACCCAUCAAGUACAACAAGAACGAGUACUCCCAGUUGACUCUGAAAGCCCAGGCCUUGACGAAGAGGCUUGGUGUGAGAGCCGUCGAUAUAGAAAAGGUGGCCUUUGCCAUUAUGAGGGGCGACCAUACCCAAGCCUCUGGAAAGGCGGCUGCCACGGCGGAAAAGGCAGAGGAGAACGACAAGGGAGCGGCAACGGACCAGGAAGACAAGCCGGCAACCAAAACAGAGCCCGAAGAGAAAACCACCAAGUCUAAGCCACCGGCCAAAAGGAAGACUUCCGGUGACAAUGCCGACACUAACGUCCCUAUCCGCCGUUCCAAACGAGGGAAACAAGCUUAG